GCUGCGGCCCGACUAGCUCCGAGGCGGGGACGCCGCGACGGGAACUUAAGGCCCAAAAGGGAUGUGAAGCCCCAAAAUGACCCUGUUACCGGGAGACAACUCGGACUAUGACUACAGCGCUCUAAGCUGCGCCUCAGACACCUCCUUCCACCCAGCCUUCUUCCCACAGCGCCAGGCCAUCAAGGGCGUCUUCUACCGCAGGGCCCAACGGUUGCGGCCGCAGGACGACUUACACCAGAGCAGCUCCCUUGGGGACCGCAGGCGACAGAUCAUCAUCAAUGUGGGUGGCAUCAAGUACUCACUACCUUGGACCACGCUGGAUGAGUUCCCACUGACGCGGCUGGGCCAGCUCAAGGCCUGCACCAACUUCGACGACAUCCUGAGCGUGUGUGAUGACUAUGACGUAACCUGCAACGAGUUCUUCUUCGAUCGCAACCCCGGGGCUUUUGGUACCAUCCUCACGUUCCUGCGGGCCGGCAAGCUGCGCCUGCUUCGGGAGAUGUGUGCCCUGUCCUUCCAGGAGGAGCUGCUGUACUGGGGCAUCGCGGAGGACCACCUGGACGGCUGUUGCAAGCGCCGGUACCUGCAGAAAAUCGAGGAGUUUGCGGAGAUGAUGGAGCGCGAGGAUGAGGAGGAGCCGCUGGACAGCGAGGAUCAAGACAGUGAGGGUCCCUCCGCCAGUGAGGGCCGCCUGAGCCGCUGUAUGAGGAGGCUGCGUGACAUGGUGGAGAGGCCACACUCAGGGCUGCCUGGCAAGGUGUUUGCCUGCCUGUCCGUUUUGUUCGUCACCGUCACCGCCGUCAACCUGUCUGUCAGCACCCUGCCCAGCCUGCGCGAGGAGGAGGAACAGGGCCAGUGUUCCCAGAUGUGCCACAAUGUCUUCAUCGUAGAGUCGGUGUGCGUGGGUUGGUUCUCCCUUGAGUUCCUACUGCGGUUCAUCCAGGCACCCAGCAAGUUCGCCUUCCUGCGGAGCCCGCUGACCCUCAUCGACCUGGUGGCCAUCUUGCCUUACUAUGUCACGCUGCUGGUGGAUGGCGCUGCCUCCAGCCGCCGCAAGCCAAGCACCGGGAACAGCUACCUGGACAAGGUCGGGCUGGUGCUGCGCGUGCUGCGGGCGCUACGCAUUCUCUACGUGAUGCGCCUGGCUCGACAUUCACUGGGGCUGCAGACACUGGGCCUCACGGCACGCCGCUGCACGCGUGAAUUCGGGCUUCUGCUGCUUUUCCUGUGUGUGGCCAUCGCCCUCUUUGCCCCACUGCUCUACGUCAUCGAGAAUGAGAUGGCAGACAGCCCCGAAUUCACCAGCAUCCCUGCCUGCUACUGGUGGGCUGUCAUCACCAUGACAACCGUGGGCUACGGAGACAUGGUACCCCGGAGCACGCCGGGCCAGGUGGUGGCUCUGAGCAGCAUCCUCAGCGGAAUCCUCCUCAUGGCCUUCCCUGUCACCUCCAUCUUCCAUACUUUCUCCCGCUCUUACCUGGAGCUCAAGCAGGAACAAGAACGGGUGCUGAUCCGCCGGGCCCAGUACCUCAUCAAAACUAAGUCACAGCUCAGUGGCAUGUCCCAGGACAGUGACAUCUUGUUUGGAAGUGCCUCUUCAGACACUAGGGACAACAACUGAGGCGAGAAGACACCCCUGCCUUGCCUGCCAGCUGCGGCUUCAUGCAACCACCGCCACUGGAGCCUGGAAAAGGACUUAGUGCUUUCAAGUCCAGCCCUGGCCCGGGACUGAUCUGAGUGAGCCACAGCACAGAAGCCACAGAAGGCACGGAAAGAAUAUGUGCCACAUCACCAAGAGUCCCUGCCCUCCCUCUAAGCCCAGAAGUAACAGGGAAGCUAGCUAAGGCCAGUGCCUCACCCACCCCAGCCUCAUAGCUGUUUCUCUCCCUAAGAAGCUGACUGGCCACGUCCUACCAUGUAAAGAACAUGCCCAGAAAAACCAGCAUCCGCUGGGGGACUGCCUGGAGAAAAAUAGACAGCAGGCAGCCACAUGUGACUUUAGUGUGUGUUCAGGGAAGGAAGACAGAGCCUGCCAUUGGGACUUUCAAGGAAGGAGCUUUGUCUCUUAGUGAAAGGACCAUGUUGCCAGGGUCUGCGGGAUGGGAGAUAUUGACCCAAUGGGAGAGAAGCAAACAGAAGACCUUUAGGGAGCCCAGCACGGAUGCUGUGUUCAGGCUCCUCCUGCCCCUGACCCCCAAGCUCGUCCUUCAUCCUUCCUGCUCACACUCUCCACAUCCUCUUCUACACCUCGAGGGCUCUCUUUCCAGACUCCACUCAUCCCAGUGAGCGUGGGGGGCACCAACAAGCCAGUCAUCUCUGCUGACUUCAAAGGUGAAACUGCUUCAUUCUGUGGUUUAAAAUUAGUGAGAUUUUAGCCUACUCCAAUUUGUUUUAAUAUUACCAAAAAAAAAAGGGCAUAGGGACUUUAUACCCCUUGCCUGAGCCUCAGUCUAAACCCACCAUGGACCCGUGCUUCUGGCAGUGAUGGUGGUCCCCAGGAAGUCUGGGGAGUGUGAGGGAACCUCCUCUAUGCCCUCAAAAGAAGCCACUCACUCAAGAAAUAGUUUGUGCCCCAAGAGGGAUCCCGGGCCAACCUAGAAGAUUCCAUCUCAGCCUGAGUCCUGGGUUCCUGGCACUGAGGAGACGUUGCAUACACACACACUCAUGCACAGACAUGUGGCAUACACACAUUCAUGCUCAGACAUGCACACACAGACACGUGCUCACACACACACACACACACACACACAUGCCUAACAGCUUUACUCCCUGCUCCCCACAUCCCAGCUGCCGUCUUCUCUGUCCAGCAGCAGAAAUUGGCCUUUGAGACAGGUCUAAGCCUGACUGUGGGCUGUGCAGCCCGACCCCUGCCUGCUGUGAGUCUCCACCCCUCCUCAGACCUUCCAGCAGCCCCUCCUACCUCCCUUCAGACACAUCCAGCCUACCCCACCUCACUGUGGGGCUUCUCAAACGCAGAGCCAUCUGCUGGGCCGCCCUCCCCGCGGAGCACUGCCUGGCUAAGGGUGAGGGUGUUCCUUCCACUGUCUCGCUGUCCUGAGACCUGCCACUUCAUGGUUCUCUCCAUUCCCUGCUGAGCCUUCACCAAGCCAUUCUCAGCUCCUGAGCUCUGCUCUGUGUCCUGCAGGACCAGCCGUGUACUGUGGCAGGGACUUGAAGGCAGUUCCCUGCUGCUUCCCAAGGCCUCGUUCAGGGUCAGCACCUAACAGGUGCUCAGAAAAUACUUACUAAAAAAAGAAAAAAGAAAAAAAGAAAGGGGAAGGGACAAAAAGGAACAGAGAUGGAAAACGUGUCCACUGCAACUUAGAUUCAAAUGUUCCCCAACUGUCUAGAGCCAUACCACCCUAAAUGUGCCUGACCUCAUCUGAAAUGUCACUCAGAGGCUCACCUGUCACCCAGAGGCUCACCUGUCACCCAGAGGCUCACCUGUCACCCAGGGCUCACCUGUCACCCAGGGCUUACCUGUCAAAGAUUUAAUUCCCAUGCAGCAGUGUUCAGAGGUGGGACCUCUGGUGAAGGGAUCACAAGGGCCCUGAGCCCACCAAUGGAUCAACCCAUGAUAAGCUCACAGCUUCAAGGGCUGCUGGAAAGUAGUAGAAACAUAGAGGGGUGGAGUCGGGUUGGAGGAAGUCUAUUAUCAGGGACGUGCCCUUGAAAGGUGUGUUGCCCCAGAUAACUUCCUCUUGCUUCCACUCUGCUUCCUGGAUGCAGUGGGGAAAGCAGUUGAGUGCCAGCAAGCUGGCCCUCCUGGGAUGCUGCCCCUUGAAGCGGGUCAGAAGCAAUGGGGCCGCGUGACCAUGGUGAAACCAGAAACGGAAAUAAACCUUCCCUCCUUCAAGCUGC